GUGAGCAUUUUUUUAAUACGAAAUAAAACCUUGAUCGAAGACAAAAGAUAAAAACUCACUUCCUCUCUCUCCGUGUCUCCUUCUCUCUCUCUUGCUAAAGAAUCGAAAACCUCUCUAAAAAGCGAGGGCUUUUAGAGCUUCGCUCUCUAAUUCUACUCAAUCACCUUCGAAUCUCUUCUUGUAAUUCAUAUGCUCUUCUUGGUGACCAAAUGCUCUCUCUGGUGAUACCACUUUUUGAGCUGGCCGUGAAGAAUUGAAGUCUAGUUCAUUCAAUAUCGGAGCCUUUUAUUUUCUAGUAAAUAAAGCAUUGACUUUCUUACCAUGGAAAGUACUGUCUUAGUGGAGAAGAAUCAUCCUUGUAACCAUUCAAAACUUGUAUCCAAGGUGGAAUCAUCUAUUAGGAUUGAUUCCAUAACCAUCGACCUGGACAAUGUUGAUGAGAAAAUUGAGGCAGAAAAAUGCUCACACUUUUCUAUGCGUGGAUAUGUAUCUGAGAUUCGUAAACGAGACUGGAAGAUGUGUUGGCCGUUUGUGUCAGAUGGUGACAGUAAUAACUAUGAGGAGCAAGCAUGUCUGCUUCCUCCAUUACAUGUUCCAAAAUUCCGAUUUUGGCGUUGUGAGAAUUGUGUGUGGGAAGUUGGUGCCAAAGGCACUGCAAACUGUUAUGGAACUGCUCUAAAAUCAUGCGGAGCAGAACUCAAAUCCACCAACGUUUGUUCACAUGGACCAAACUUUGAUGAUGCUGCAAUACUACCAUCUGAUGUUCAGGAAGCCACAAAUCAAGAAAUUCCUGAGGGAAGACAGGCUGAUGUUUUUGCUAGCUUGAACAGUACCAGUAAAUGUCAUCAUUCACUGUCCAUUGAUAAAAAUGAAAAGAAGACUAAGGAUAUGAAUGGUUCCAUCAUAGGGAAACAUAUGGGGUCAGAAGAUAAUUUGCAGCAUGAAAAUCAUAGACUGGCAUGCGUAGUCACUGAAGUUGUUUCAAGCCCAAUUCAGAAGGCAGAUCAUUCAGAUGAAAUAGUAACCUUCAAGUCAAUAGGUAUUGACCUAUGUGAGUCAGGCUGUGGACAUCAUGAAGUUGCUGAUGCUGACUUUUCUAAAAACCGUAAUUGCAUGGUAAAUAAUGCUACUGGACUUUGUGAAGCAGGAAAAGAAACUUCCAUAGAUGAUCAACACAAAGAGCUAAUAGCUUGUGGUAUAUCUGGAGAAGUUGGUAACAUUGCUGAUGGGGCACUCAGUACUGCCAACAAGGAUCCUGUGAGCUGCCGCCCUUCCCUGCAAUUAGAUGAGUAUGAUGAUCCUUCAUCUGAAAGUGCUGAGAUCAUGGUUGGUCAUAAUUCUCAGGAUGUUCUUCAUGAAAAUUCAAGUGGUUUGCAUCGUAGAAAAACUCGAAAGGUACGCUUGUUGACGGAAUUGUUGUGUGAAAAUGGGGAUAGAGACACUGAUAACAGAACUCGGUUUUCUCUGCCCCAUGCCUUUCCUGAUGCAUCUGCUGGAGUUGAUAAGAUUUCGGUUCUCCAAGGGGAGGUGGCUAUCCAGGGAAAAGUUAGAAGGGGCCUGGGUCAUAAUAGUAAAAGAAAGUUGCCUCAGGAUGAAGAUUCAAGAUCUCUGGAGAUGAGGUCUCCCAAUAAAGUUUGCAAAGAGAUCUUAAAGAGAGAUGGGGAAUCUGCUGAACCCAUUGUGGCUUCUGAAUCAGAAGAAGAUGCAUUUGGUAGAAUGGGUUUACAAACUGGCAUGAAGAUUCAGUGGGCAAAAAACAAAGUUGAUAGAAGUCCCAUUGUAAGUAAGAAGAAAAACAAAAAGGUACCAAGUUUUGAUGAAUGUUUGUCUCCAGACCCAUCCCAAGAAAAUUUGCCAAAUGAAAUUGGGGAGAAAAAUGGAGAUAAUUCUAGGCCCCAUGCUGUUGAUGGUGUACUGGCCAAGUCAGUACACAAUGCAUUUAUAGGCAGAGAGAUGGACCUUUUCCCUUUGCCUGAUCCAAGAAUGGAGAAAAAUGUUAGUGAGUAUAAGAAGAAAGGAAAGAUGCCUCAGUUUGAUGAUUAUCAGGUUUCCCCUACUCCUUGGAAUCAUGACAUUCCCAGAGAAGGUCCAGUGAUUAGAAAAGAUGUGGGGACAAUAAAUACUGGACCUGUAGUUUUUCCAUUUCAUUCAGCACAGGAAACAUCCCUUGAAAAGGGGCUGGAUCUUUCUCUUAACAGCUACAAGACUGCCCAAAGCUAUGAUGGGAAACAUAUUCCACUGGUAGAAAAUAGGCGAAGUUGUUUAUUUACUUGGCAAGAAGGAACUUCCCAAAUUCAGGCCACGAGGAAAGCUGCAAAAAUUGAGCACGGGGGGAAUAUCAGUUUCACUUCUAAAAUUGCCCGAGGUGCACCUUUUGAGAAAGCACUGCAUUGUGAUCCCAAUACCAAGAGACCUUUUGAAAUGCCCUUCUGCAGAGAGAAGCAGAAAUACACCUCCCAGGUUGAAAUUGGGGGCUGCUCUUUCAUGCAGAAAAAGGACUUCUGUCACGCUAAAGGCAAUGAGGGAACCAUUGGAAUACUGGAGCAUUCAGCUUUUCCAAGGAAAGAUGUCAACCAAAGAGCAGACAAGGUGUGUGAACAGGGAGCUUUAGAUGACAUUCCAAUGGAAAUUGUAGAACUCAUGGCAAAGAAUCAGUAUGAGAGGUGUCUUCCUGAUGGUGAAUACGAGAAAUGCCAGUUAGAAACAACUAGUAGUUCAAGGAGGAGUCAGACAAUAAAUUUCAGUCAAUUAUACGGGCUUGGAGGAUUAAGCUUAUUUCAUCAGGAAACUACUCGGAAACAGAACCCUCCAGCUAGAAGAAAUGACAUAAUAAAGAUUGGUGAAAUGGCAGGACCAACUAAACAAAAGGAAGUGGAUUUCUUUUCUCAAGCUGAUCGAAACCCAUUCAGCAUGAGGCAACUGGAAAAGACUCGUUCCCCAGUAGGGUUUGGGGCAUUUCUACAACUUCAAGAGAAGCCAUCCGGCAGAUUCCAACAUCCUGCUUCCAGUUAUAACUUACAAAACACUCCUCAAAUUUGCAAACAGAGAGGGGAAGUGGCGGGGAAUAGUUCUUGUCAUACCAGGUUCCAGACCCCAGGAUCAUGUAACACAUGCCACAGCAUUCCGCAGCAAAGUAAGGAAGCAAAUCAACUUUGGUCAUCAAUGAUGCCAAAUCACAUGCCCUUUGUAUAUAGCAUUCCUCCAAAGUGUGUGACUCCAUCUACCAAUGUUGAUGUGUUUCCUCAUUCUCCUGGCACUGUGCUCAAGGAAAAUAUGAAUGGGGAUCGUGUUCUUAAGUUUCCAAACAAGAAUGCUGCCAACCUUGGAAAACAAAACAGGAAUCUUGAUUCAGAAACGCUCCUCAGGACACAUGCAGAAUACCCUUUUGCUGGAAAACAUAAUGGGAUUGAGCUUAAUCAUAAGCCAAUGGGGUCCUUAGAACUGUAUUCUAAUGAAACAAUACCAGCUAUGCACUUGCUCAGCCUCAUGGAUGCAGGAGUGCAGUCCAGUGCACCGAUCAAUAUGGAUGUAAACCCAAAGUUCCUCAAGAGACCUGCCAUUAUUCACAAUGCUGAACCAAAGGAGUUUUCUAGGCUGGACACUGGGGCAUUUAAAGUCAUUUCUUCUGUGAAGCACCCACCACGUAAUCAUAAUGGUAAAAAUCAACUUGCAGAGACUUCCUGUGACCUUAUUCCUAUCAUGCAAACAACAGCUGGUGCAUCUUCUUUGUCAAUUAGACAUGAUAAACGUAUCAGGAAGCCUGUUGAUCUUCCCAGUCCAGUUGUUCAAUAUAAAGAGAGGAGAAAAGGCUCUGAUUCACGCACACAGAAUAAGGCAAGUAGGUCACAGACAUCAGCAAAUGGUGGUUUUGGCACCAACUGUAGAUCCAUUCCAGCUCAUAGCAUGCAGAUAAUGUCUUUUGGUGCUCCAGAUCCUUCAGUGAUUUCAUUUCCAUUCUGUGCAUCGGAAAACCCAAACAAGCACAAGUUGAAGUCCCGUGAUAACAAUAGAACUGUUCACCCCUACAAAAGCAGCUCUGAGACUGAAGUCUGCAGUGUGAACAGAAACCCUGCUGAUUUUACCAUACCGGAAGCUGGAAAUAUGUAUAUGAUUGCAGGUGAAGCCCUUCGAUUUGAAAAGGAUGUUCGUUUUGCAAAUGGAUCUCACUCGCUUAAAUUGGAUGGGCGCAAACGACAGAGGAAGCUUCCUGCUAUGAAAGACCAUAGACGACCUCCAAUGUCAUGAUUGUCUGAAAUUUCAAUGCUGCAGGUGCAGUCUUGCUUCCCGUGCCAGCUUCUGCAACAUCAGAAAAUGUCAAAAGAUUUGUGAAGAUCAGAGAGCAACUGCUGAAAUUGAUAUUAAUUUUGGAACCACGAAUCCAUUUACUCUAGGUCUUGUUGAGUUCGAAUCUCUGCAACUGAGUCAUGGAAGCAUGCUGAGUGAUGAUUGGGCGUGUAUAUACCUAAUAUGCCUCGAGAUCCACAAGUAACUGUCUAUGCAUGUGCUUCUGCAUUUCAGUUGUAUUUUGGUGUGAAUAAUACCCCGCAAGGUUCCAGAAAAGCCUGACAUUUCAAAAGGACCUCCUACUCCACUGAUGGCUUUUGGCUCCAGUCUUGAUCAGGAAGUGGGAAUGGAAAUAGGGAGAAGGGCAUUAACAAGUAUAAUAAUUGGACACCUCUUGCUGGAGAUUACUAGGUGUUCAUCAAGUCAGCCAUCGUCGGCUGUACUUCAGUGUUGUAAUCUAUAUAAGGUAAGAAAAUUAGAGGGAGACUUGUAAUCUUUUGGAACACAAGGGAAAGAGACGAUGUGUUAGGAAGAUUUGAGUUAGCUAGAAACAGACCAUAGCAGAUCAAGCAGAUAAAUCACUCUGAUUAAACCCUAUAGACUGUUAUUUGGUUUCAAUCACAGAAAUUCUUGAGAAGGAUAGCUACUUGAGUAGUGCACCUUCUUAAUAUGUUUUUAUGGGAUUGAUUUUUGUUCCAAUACCAGCCAGAGCAUCCUUCGAAA